CUACACUCAAAAAUAUUUGCAUUAAAAUUUCAUAAGAUGGUAACAAUUUUUCUACGGUCAAUCGUUCCAUCCGACUUUCCACGCAAGCGCCACAAAGCGUCUUUGUCUGUUAGUAUUUUCCGCAGCAGUUCAAACAGAGUUCUACCGUACGUCCGAAGGCAUGAAAAAAGUAAUAUCAGUUGAUAUGAGUGAGAAAAUCGGAAAUUCUACGAAUUAUCGCAACGUCCAUUACGAAUCGGACGCCGAAUACACGAUACACGUCGCAAAGACAUUGUUGAAACUGAUCGGAAUCUGGCCUAGAAGGGAUACGUUCCUAGAUAACGUUAAAAUGUAUAUCCAAACAACGAUAGUUUUUUUCCUUAUGUGUUUCUUAUUAGUACCACACGUGAUUUAUACUUAUUUCGAUUGCGAAAAUCUGACCAAGUACAUGAAAGUAAUCGCCGCGCAGAUUUUCAGCCUUUUGGCGGUCAUCAAAUUUUGGACGGUAAUUUUUAAUAGAAAAGAAAUUAAAUUUUGCUUAGACCAAAUCGAAAUACAAUACAGGGACGUGAAAUGCGAAGAGGAUCGGCUGGUAAUGAUCAAUUGUGCAAAGAUUGGUCGAUUUUUUACAAUGAUGUAUUUGAGCCUUAGUUACACCGGUGCUUUGCCCUACCAUAUUAUUUUACCUCUAAUAUCAGAGAGAAUUGUGAAAGCUGACAAUACCACUCAGAUACCUUUGCCUUACUUGAGCGACUAUAUUUUCUUCGCUGUCGAAAAUUCACCGAUCUACGAGAUCAUGUUUGUCUUGCAAAUAUUCAUCAGUAGCAUUAUACUGUCUACGAAUUGUGGGAUUUAUAGCCUUAUUGCCUCUAUAACGAUGCACUGUUGCGGCCUGUUCGAAGUUACCAGUAGAAGAAUCGAGACACUUCAUAAAUGGAACAAAUAUGAUUUACAUGAUCGCGUUGUUGAUAUCGUUCAGUACCAUUUGAAAGCGAUUGGAUACUCUGCAUUGAUUGGAAAAUCACUCAGCAUCGUAUUUUUAUCGGAGAUGGUUGGCUGUACCAUUAUAAUAUGCUUCCUAGAAUUCGGUGUGAUCAUGGAAUGGGAAGGUCAUAAAACGUUGAGCACACUAACAUAUUUCGUAUUAAUGACAUCGAUUUUCGUAAAUGUAUUUAUAAUAUCGUUCAUCGGUGAUCGUCUGAAACAAGAGAGCGAGAGAAUAGGGGAAACAUCGUACUUUCUGCCAUGGUAUGAUUUUCCGGUGGACGUAGCGAAGAAUAUAAACACAAUCAUGCUCAGAACCAAUUUACCGUCGUGUUUAUCUGGUGCGAACAUAUUAGAACUCUCGCUUCAAGCAUUUUGUGAAGUAAGUCUCCGUACACAUUAUUUUAAAUAUAUUGAUAGAAAACUUCUUGAGCAGAGGAAGGAUUAUUGUAGGUUUGUAAAACUUCAGCAGCUUAUUUCAAUUUUCUACGAGCAAUGACAGUAUGAAGAUAUUUAACAACGUGUUCGAAGAUAAAUGUGAUUAAGAAUAACUAGUAGCACAUUGCACAUCAAGAUGCUUUGAAAAAGAUAAUAAAUAUUCUUUUCUUAUUUAUCAGACUCUUCCAUUCAAUACAACGGACUCAUUAUUCAAUAAAGCAUAACAAUGACCAAUACAAAGAGAAGUAUUCUUACCAUAAUCAGAAGAUUGACGAAGUCAUGUCGAAUUGGCGCCACGGCCCACCACUUGGCGAUGAACAUUGUCGUGCCCUCCUGAAUGGAUUAUAUUGAGUCUGAAAAACACCGUAAAACGUUGAAUUCAUUCGGCAGAUCCCGACUAAAUUCAAUAAACUCAUUUUUAGAAUCUCUAUUUUUAAUGUCGUUCUCCGUGAUGCCCCAGAAAGCCUUAAACUUGAACUAACAGCUACCGUAACGGUGUUCUUACCGUAAUCAGCACUCGAAUUACGUGCGACGAUGUUAAUGGCUAUCGCGCUUCGUAAUAAUAGUUAGAAAGAAACUAUGUUACCGAGUGUGAACGAUAACGUCGUAUUCUUCAAAUCAGCGCACGAUUAUGCAGUUCAAGAGAACUCACAAGAAAUUUCAUAUUUUUUCCAAAAGAAAAGUUUUACUACCCUUUUCGUCGCAAACGAUUUUCUUACCGAUGACGGAAAACACGAAAAAGAAAUUGGUCAAGUUGCACACAUGUUACAAGUAAAUCGCAUGGCUAUUACAAGAAAAUGAUCAAAAC